CACAAGCAGCAGCCGCUGCGGCUCGAGCCUCCAGCCCACGUUACAGAUCGCCUGUCGUUUCUACCUGGCAAUGCUCCUUCCAGGCCUGUGGCUGCAGCUGUCGUUUGUGGCGGCGGGGCUAGAUCUCCGGUGAUCUCUAGUCAAGAACCCUCAAUCCAACCCCCCCAAAACAGGAUAAGAACAGGAGCGGCUAACAUCAAGAGAAGGAUGGUGCAGAAAUCGAGGAAUGGUGGGGUGUACCCGGCCUCUGGAGCAGGAGAGAAAAAGCUGAAAGUGGGGUUUGUGGGGCUCCAGGACUCUGGUAGUGCGGGGGAGGCGAGCUGCAAGGAUGCAACGUUACUCAUCGGUGGCGGCCCUGAGAGUGUAGGCGGCGGAGGUGGCGGAGUAGGCGGUGGUGGUGGUGGUAGCAAGCGGGGAAGUAUCCUCAGCAACAAGGGGCGCUCAUCCUCCGGCGGCAUCACUGGCUCCGGUCGCCCUCCUAAGCGGAAUGCCUUCUACCGAAAGCUGCAGAACUUCCUCUACAAUGUGUUGGAGAGACCCCGAGGAUGGGCAUUCAUCUACCACGCUUAUGUGUUUCUUUUGGUUUUCUCCUGUUUGGUAUUGUCUGUCUUUUCAACAAUUCAAGAGUACACUGAAAGUUCAGAAGGAGCAUUAUACAUACUGGAAAUUGUUACUAUAGUAGUAUUUGGGGUAGAGUAUUUUGUGAGAAUCUGGGCCGCUGGUUGCUGUUGUCGAUACCGAGGAUGGAGAGGGAGGCUGAAGUUCGCUCGCAAGCCUUUCUGCAUAAUCGAUAUCAUGGUGCUGAUUGCUUCCGUUGCUGUGUUGGCUGCUGGCUCCCAAGGAAAUGUCUUUGCCACUUCUGCACUCAGGAGCUUGCGUUUUCUGCAGAUUCUACGAAUGAUCAGGAUGGACCGAAGAGGAGGCACAUGGAAACUUCUAGGGUCUGUGGUCUAUGCACACAGCAAGGAGCUGAUCACUGCCUGGUACAUUGGCUUCCUCUGCCUUAUUCUUGCCUCCUUCCUCGUUUACCUGGCUGAAAAAGAAGAUAACAAAAUGUUUGACACCUACGCUGACGCACUGUGGUGGGGUUUGAUCACACUAACAACCAUUGGGUAUGGAGAUAAGUACCCGACUACAUGGAAUGGGCGUCUUCUAGCUGCGACCUUCACUCUCAUUGGAGUAUCUUUCUUUGCACUUCCUGCGGGCAUUCUGGGCUCUGGGUUUGCCCUGAAAGUACAGGAGCAGCAUCGACAAAAGCACUUUGAGAAAAGACGCAACCCUGCCGCUGGACUUAUUCAGGCUGCCUGGAGGUAUUAUGCUACCAACCUCUCUCGGACCGACCUGCACUCGACAUGGCAGUACUAUGAGAGUACUGUGAUGGUCCCAAUGUACAGCUUGCAACAGUACGGCCCGUCCAGACUGAUCCCUCCGCUGAACCAGCUGGAUCUACUCAGAAACCUGAAGAGCAAAUCGGGGUUGACAUUCAGGAAGGAGGCCCAGCCAGAGCAAUCAUCAAGUCAGAAAGUUAACCUUAAAGAUCGUGUCUUUCCCAGUCCUCGUGGAUUGGGAGCAAAAGGCAAAGGAUCUCCACAAGGCCAAGGAGUGCGAAGAUCUCCAAGUGCUGAUCAAAAUUUGGAAGACAGCCCUAGUAAAGUGCCAAAAAGUUGGAGUUUUGGUGACCGGAACCGUUCCCGGCAAGCUUUCAAGGUAAAAGGAGCUGGGUCGAGGCAGAACUCAGAAGAAGCAAGCCUCCCAGGUGAAGAUGUCCCUGAUGAUAAUAAAAGCUACAACUGCGAGUUUGUAACUGAAGACCUGACACCAGGGCUGAAAGUCUCCAUCAGAGCUGUUUGCAUUAUGAAGUUCCUCGUGUCAAAGCGGAAGUUUAAAGAAAGCCUUCGGCCUUAUGAUGUAAUGGACGUUAUUGAGCAGUACUCAGCUGGACAUCUGGACAUGUUGUCUCGCAUUAAGAACCUUCAGUCCAGGAUAGACUUGAUUGUGGGUCCCCCACCCCAUUCAACUCCCCGGCAUAAGAAGUCCACACCAUCAAAGGGACCCCUGUACUCUUCCAAAGAAUCACCCCAGUAUUCUCCUAGAGUCGACCAGAUUGUUGGGAGGGGAACAACCAUAACAGAUAAAGACAGAGCCAAGCAACCAGCAGAAGGAGAACUUCCAGAAGAUCCAAGCAUGAUGGGCCGUCUUGGAAAGGUCGAAAAACAAGUUCAUUCUAUGGAGAAGAAACUUGAUUUUCUUGUAAACAUCUAUAUGCAAAGAAUGGGUAUCCCACCCACAGAAACUGAGGCUUACUUUGGGUCAAAGGAACCAGACCCUGCACCACCAUAUCAUAGUCCAGAAGACUGCAGAGAAACAGUCAGCAAAAAUGGCUCUAUUACUAAGAUAAUUAGAUCAACCAGCUCUAUAGGACAGAAAAAUUAUUCUGCCCCACCUGUCACAUUGGCACCAACAAGCACCUGUCCACCAUCUACAUCAUGGCAACAACAAGGGAAUACAUUUCACCGGCACAGCCAUGGAAACUCCCCAGUUGAAGAUCUUUCAACGUUUGUCAGAAUUCCACCUCCACCAUCACAUGAACGCUCUUCAAUGCCGUACAAUACUGGUAGUAGGCAAGGCCUAGAAUACCUCAGAAAUGAUGAUGUUUCUGGAAAGCACCAUGAUGCUGUUCUUCGAGACAGUGACAUGUCAAUCUCUAUUCCAUCUGUGGACCAUGAAGAACUGGAGCGUUCCUUCAGUGGAUUCAGCAUCUCCCAGUCCAAAGAGAACCUAGAAGUCCUCAACAAUACCUGCUACCCUGGAGUGGCACCAUGUGCUAAAGUACGUCCCUAUAUUGCUGAAGGCGAGUCUGACACUGACUCUGAUCUUUGUACUCCUUGUGGACCUCCUCCCAGAUCUGCUACAGGUGAUGGACCUUAUGGUGACAUGGGGUGGUCCACCUCUAAAUAAGGAGACAAAAAUAUCACUGACACUGUAUCAUGCUAAACAAAGGAGGGCUUUUCUCCAGCUGCUGCUACAAUUUCAAGUAGAGCUGUAGACAUCAGCAGAGAAAGAAACUUGCUCGACCAUUAGAAAUACAUUUUCUACAGUGAACGGCCAUAAUUACAAGUAGGGGAGGAAGACUUGGUCUGUUGCUUCCUCCUGUAUGUAGAAACAUAUCUAAGUCGGACAGGUCUUGUUCCUCAGAUAUUGUACUUUUCUAACUGAUUUCUUAGAUAUUUCAAUUUGGUUUUAUCUACAGAAGAGUUAAAAAGAUCCAUCUAAGCAAGUCAAGCACUUUUUGUAUGUAACAAAGCACCAGAAAACAUUUCAAUUCAAAAGUGAUAUACAUGCAUGCAUAUCUGAUGUCAUUUGUGCUAUGAUUCAAAGCUCAUUGGCUUUCUACAUUUCAACAGGCACCCUUUUUGAUGGCAAAACUGAAUGAUACAUACCUUCUUUCAGUUUAUAUGUUGUUAAGACAACCACCUCCAUCCCAUUUGUGUGGGAUAUCUUGCCUUACUGGAAGUCCAGCACUUUUUAAAGGAAUUUAUGUUUUUCUAGCUUCAUUGAGGCUCCGUUUGUUACUCUCUAAUGACUUCAAGCCCUUGAGUUUUGUACUUUGGGAUAAUAGCUACCUGCACUAUGAACAAAAGGCUUGGUGCAGCAGGGUAUUUGUGAUAGUGGUGAUGAUGGAAGAGAAUACGUUAGGAAAACCAAUAAGCAAGCAAUAGCAUACAAUGGGGUUUACACUGAAAAUAUAUUACCCCAGACCCAGGGUAUUUUGAGGUAGGGUGAUAAUGCAUAAUUGCCUUACAAGCCUAGGUAUGUAGUAGUAUCAUUUUAGUGUACAGCCCAUCAUGUACUACUGCACUUGUGAAACUGCAUGAUAGUUUUGCAUUUUGUAUGUGUAGAGCUUAUUUUAGGUGUAUACCGAACAUGUUUUGACAUACCUGGUAUGUGUUAAAAUAUUUUACAUGCUGCCAUUAGCCAGUCAGAUUAUUUGGUUCUCUGAGCCCAUGAUUAGCAAGCCAUGGCAUAGCCGGGGUGUUGCCUAGCAGAAGCAAGCCCAAAGGCUGAGUAACUUACAACUAUGGGUGCAUGGCAGUAUUUGUCAGCACCCACCCCAGAAUAUUUUAUUUCUCUUAUGA